AUGAGAAUAAAAUUAGAUGAGACUAGUCAAAAAACAGAAGAAGAUAAUAAAUCAUUAGAGCAGAAAUUAGAAGAAAAUAGUCAAAGGGUAGAAGAAAAAUUAGAAGAAAAUAGUCAAAGGGUAGAAGAAAAAUUAGAAGAAAAUAGUCAAAAAACAGAAGAAAAUAAUCAAUCAUUAGAACAAAGACUGGGGGAAAAAUUAGAAACAACAUUAAUGAAGAUGGAAGACAAGUUGGAAGAAAAUAACAGAAAAGCAGAAGAAAAUAGUCAGAGGUUGGAAAAGAAAUUAGAAGAGAACAUUAAAAGAAUAGAAGAACAAAUGGAACAGAGAGUAAAUAAGAGUAUUGGAGAAGUGAAAAUGUUGUACGGAGAGAUCAUGAAUAAACAUGAAACGUUAGAAACUAAAUUAACUGUUGAAAAUCAGGAUUUAAAAACACAAAUUCAACAGCAUAAAGAAAGAAUAAAUAUAGUAGAAGAAGAUAUAGAAAAGGAAGCAGAGUGGACGAACAGAAGAUUUAUCAUGGUAGAUGAAAAUAUAAAUCAAAUCAAGAAAGAACAGAAAACAUCCAAGGAGAAAGAAGAUCAAUUGGAGAGUAAAUUAAAGUUUGAAGUAAAAGAAGUAAAGCAAGAGAUAGAAAAGAUGGAGAAGAAGAUUAGGAAUACAACAAAAGGAACAAUAGUCCAUACAAUAGAAACAUCAGAGAACAGAAUCUAUUUUAAUGGAGAUUAUAAAUCUCAACAUCCUGUACCAUUUAUUCCCUUAGACAUAAACUCUACGUGGAUUAAAUCCUUACGGUCCCAACAAGCAGUAGCCGUUUUGUCUUAUGGACUUCUGUUGAAACCUUUGGUACCCAAUUUUGUCAUUAACUCUUUCCUUAAACUCAUCUGGCACAAUAGAUAG